AUGGGGUCUCGGAUGGAAAAUGCGCCGAGAAACAUUCCUGGCAUACUUUGGGAACAGUUCAACAGCACAGGAACGACGUCAGCUCCCACUAAGGUAUAAAAGCGCGGAGGUGGCCGGAGCUCAGCAGACUGCAACGGCUUUUACCGAGCGAAUCGCAAAAGGAGCCUCUGAAAAAGAACUCCAGACAGACCACCGACUGUCGGACUACACACGGACCCCUGCCGCCGAUCGCCACUGGAAUCAAGAUCCAACUUUAUGCACAACACCUAUCCAAGAUGCUGAUGUUUACUGUCGCCUUAACCUUCAUCGGAAGCCUCACCUUGGUCCUUUCCUCCUUUUCCUGUCCGUCCGAGUGUGAGUGCCCGCUGGAGAUGCCCAAGUGCGCACCGGGUGUGAGCGUCGUCCCGGACGGCUGCGGCUGCUGCAAAGUUUGCGCCAGGCAGCUGAACGAGGACUGCAGCCUGACUGAGCCGUGCGACCACACCAAAGGGCUGGAGUGCAACUUUGGGGCCAGUUUUGCUGCUACAACUCGCGGGAUCUGCAGAGCGAAGUCAGAGGGCAGACCCUGUGAGUACAACAGCAGGAUCUACCAGAACGGAGAGAGCUUCCAGCCUAACUGCAAACACCAGUGCACGUGCAUUGACGGGGCGGUUGGAUGUGUGCCGCUGUGCCCACAGGAGCUUUCCCUGCCCAACCUGGGCUGCGCCAACCCCAGACUGGUCAAGGUCCCAGGGCAAUGCUGUGAAGAGUGGGUGUGCGAUGACGGCAAAGACAGAGACAUCCUGGAGAAGAUCUUCGGCAAAGACGUGCUCACUGAUGAGCUGGAAAGCGAUCUCACCAACAGGAACGAGCUCAUCACAAUCGUCAAAGGAGGGCUGAAAUCUCUACCCGCAUUCAGACCACAGACUGAGAGUCACGUGUUUGAUAGCCAGAAGUGCCUCAUCCAAACAACACCUUGGUCCCAGUGCUCCAAGAGCUGUGGAACAGGCAUCUCCACCAGAGUCACCAACAGCAACAGCGAGUGCAAGCUGGUCAAAGAGACGCAAAUCUGUGAAGUGCGCCCUUGCACCCAGUCACCAUAUUCCAGUCUGAAGAAAGGAAAGAAGUGCAGCAGAACCAAGAAGUCGAGCCAGCUGGUCAAGUUCACCUACGCCGGCUGCUCCAGCCUGAAGAAGUACAGGCCCAAAUACUGCGGUGCCUGCGUGGACGGUCGCUGCUGCAGCCCUCACGACACGAGAACCAUCCGUGUCAAAUUCCGCUGCGAGGACGGCGAGACCUUCAACAAGAACGUGAUGAUGAUCGAGUCCUGCAGGUGCACCUACAACUGCCCCCACGUCAACGAAGCCUCGUACCCCUUCUAUCGCCUCUUCAACGACAUCCACAAAUUCAGAGACUGAUUGACGACAAGUGCCCAAACCCCAAAACCAGAGAGAAAACACAGUAAAAAUGGCUGCCGACGGCGGCCCGUGUGAUCGCAGGGGUGUAAAUAGACUGCCAAUCAGCUACCGGCUUCUUGUUGUAACUAGAUUCCCAAGGAAUUGUGGGCUUACAUCAUGAGGACUCAAUGAAGUGCACUGUUUGCUGUGACUACGUCAGCAUUCUGAAUUGCUUCGUAUUAAUGGAGCAUCCGAAGUAGCUUCGUUAUGGAGCACAAUGUAAUUAAUAUUUGUAAAUUUCUGUAAGCCGCUGAUAUCAUUUCACUGUGUAUAAUUUUGCUCGUCGUCAUCAAACAUGACCCAGACUGUAGACUUGCGUGUGCAUAUGUCUCUAUGCAGGCGCGCAACUCCAGUUAGCAUCCUGUAUCCUAAAGAUGGCGAAAUGUAACCUCUGGACUUUGUCGUGGUUUCAUUCCUUCCUGACGUGGGCAUUACUGUUCAUGUUUUGUGGCAGCUAUCGAACUCUCUUCAUCAAAAAGACAAAGCAAAACAUGUCAAAAGGAUGAUUUAAUUUUUUUUUUAAUUGUUAUUAAUAUUAUUUAUCAAAAAAUGUAGCUACUUUAUUUGGAUUAUAUGUGUCAUACUGGAAUAAAUUGUAAAAUGAUUUAAUUUUAUAUGCUACAAAUAAAAGUGAUUUAUUUAUGAAAUAUGA